UUCUCAGGGGAGCCGGGAUGCUCCGGCAGCCUGGAGUGUGCCAGCCUGUGGCAUCGUUCCCGAGGUGCUUGAACCCCACAGCCCCAGAGGAUUAAAAUGCUUCACAUUAGGCUUGAACUCGAGUUUUACUAGUGCUGGCUUACAGUUUUUCUCCCUCUGUGCUUGAGGGGCACAUCCCAAAUGCCGGGGGGAUUCCAGAGGUGGGCUGGUUGGCUCCAUGCUGGCAUCUGAUAGGGGGAGGAACUGGAGCACAGAGGAUGCUCAUAUUGGGUUGUCCCAACCCACAUCUCAUAAAUACCUGGCUCAGCGCCCCCAGUACCCCCUCUCAUGUUUAAUGAGCUGCACCUCAGGCCACUAAUUAGUACAAACUCGUCAGACAGAGGCUGUACCGAGGCUCCCAAGGACCGUGACGACCGGGGGAGUUUCCAUGCGGGCGGCAGGAUUUCCAUGUGGAACCUGGAUCCGGGUUUGGGUUGUUGGUUGUGUUUUUACUUCCUCCCCCCCAUCCCCUGUGCUCUCAGCUUAGAUUUUAAUUUUAUAUUUUCUUGUGGGAAACACCUUUUGUUCCACUCCAGUUUGUGUUUAAAUAUAUAUUUAUUUCCUUUGUAGUGACUUCAUUUCCUUGUGGCAGGUGCACAAGGAUUUCCUCCGGAGCAGGGAAAACCUUCCUUUAACUUUAUUUAGUGUCAUCUGCUCCUUGCAUGGGUGGUGUGACUCCAUUGCAGGGGUUGGUCCCUCUCCAGUUUGGGAUGGAGUUGGGAUCUGAUGAUACCAGGCAUCCCAUAAAUCCUCCAAUAAAGCUUUUUUGGGGGAUGGUGCAGGGAUAUUUAGGCAGAUGCCUUAGAGCAUCCCAGUGGGGGGAAAUAGGGCCCCCAAAUUGCUUCUCCACUGGGAUUUUCCCUGGAUGAUGACCCCCCCCGUGCUCCCCCUUGGGCAGGUGUCCCCUGGUGAUGAAGAGGAGCGGGAUGCGCUGGUGGCUCGUCACCGUCCUGGGGGUGCUGAGCAGACUCGUGGGGGCCGAGAGCUGGAAUUCCCGGGAGCACAGGACACCGGGAUGCCCUCCCGGGGAGGAGCCCAGCGGGGCCGGCGGCGGGUCCGCAGCCCCGAAACGCCGGGACGGGCACUGGGAACCAACGGGACACGGGUGACCCCGAGGGGAGAGGAAGAGGAGGAGGCGGCGGCAGCGCAGGCCGCCGUGCUGACCAUCGUCCCGGUCUUCUGUGCCAUGGGAUUGCUGGGAAUCCUGGUGUGCAACCUGCUGAAGAAGAAGGGGUACCACUGCACCGCCAGCAAGGAACCCCAGCCCGGUGGCACCGGUCCCAGCUCCAUCUACCAGCUGGAGGACGCCAACGAGGACACCAUCGGGGUGCUGGUGCGGCUCAUCACUGAGAAGAAAGAAAACGCGGCGGCGCUGGAGGAGCUGCUGAAGGAGCAUCGAAGGCAGCAGCUCAUGCCACCGAGCUGGGCCCCCCUGCAUAAGCUGCACCUCCUGCCGCAGUUUGCCCCCUCCUGUCACCACCAGCAGCACCCGCACACGGUGCAGGGCCCGGCCCCCUGUGCCCGCUGCACGCAGAAGUGGCCGGAGGUGCUGCCACCCCCCGGGGCCACCAAGGUCCCCAAGCCCGGCGAGGUGACCAUCCUCUCCAUCGGCAGGUUCCGCGUGUCCCGGAUCCCGGAGCUCAGGAGCGAGGCGGGGGCUGAGCCCCUCCGGGGGCCCCUCCCCGGCAGCGGGAUGAGACCCCCGUGGCUGAAAAGCACCGACGGCCCCCCCGAGGUGGCUCCUGGCCCGGGGGUGGCCUCGGGGGGGCAGUGACACCCACACAGACCCCUGGAGGACAAGGGGCGUUGUGUGAGGCCAGUCCCACUCAGAGCCACGAGGAGCUGGAGGUGCAGCUCAGCCUCUGCUCCUGCCACUGAGGUGUCCAGUGGCAGCACAGCAAAUCCAAGGUCCUGCCCAGGUGGUGGGAAGGAUUCCCCGUGACGAGGUCUGGUGUGGCAGCCUGACGGACACGAUCUCUGGGAGCCACGGCACAGCUCCGCUGGGAGCCACUGGAUGAUGUCCAUGGUCACCUCCUGGGUCUGUUGAGCUGGAGCCCCUCCAGGACCACCACGAGCUCCUGAUUUCCCUCCAUCACCAGCUGCCAGGAUAACGACAGUCACUGGAUCACGGGAUAACUCCCACCUCGCCAACAACCCCACUGGGCAUGGAUUGCUCCGGGCAAAGCUGGUCUCCUGCCUCCAUCCACCCUCUAUCUGAAGUCUCCAUCAGCCCAGGGGAACACGGUGGGGACGCUCCCCAUGAAGGCCACACACUUCACUUCCCACAGGAGCUGUUUCUAUAGGAUCACAUUGGGAUCAUCGGGACAACCCACCCAAGGUUGGGCUGGAGACCAUCAAGCUCCACCAUCGCCCCAGCAGUGGGUUCAUGGCCCACCCCAUUCACUGCCCCCACCACCUCCCUGUGCCAAAAAAACAACCACCCCGACCACCAAACCCCGUCGGGCUUCUUUUAUUUAUUUAUUUCUUU